AUGGCGUUGGCUGCAGCUGCACGCGCGGCCAUCCUGAGUCCCCCGGUGGCCUUGCCCGCAGUUACAGUGGGCAAAGACGGGGAGACGUUCGACCCCCACCCGCAGUACAGCUACGGAUACGACGUGCAGGACGCGUUAACCGGCGACUCGAAGACGCAGCACGAGACUCGAGACGGCGACCUGGUCAGGGGAACCUACUCCUUCGUCGAGGCUGACGGAACUCGCAGGGUCGUCGACUACACCGCGGAUUCGCUCAACGGAUUCAACGCCGUCGUUCGCAAAGAGCCCGUUCUGGUCGAUGCCGCGGUCGUUGCACCUGCACCCGUGGCCGCAGCUGCAACGGUGACGUCCGAGCACGCCGAGGUCAAGGUCGCCCACGCACCUGUCGCGGUCCACGGGCUGCAUUCGUGGGCGCCCCUACCUGCAGUUGCCCUUGCACAUGCACCCGUUGCCUUUGCCGGCCCGCUGGCUUUCGCCAGGACGCACUUCGGAUACGGACUCGUCAGGACCCCCUUCGGCCUGGCCUAUCACUAA